UUCCGCUUUGCCCCUUCAAAAUUUUAAAAGUGGCUAUAGCUAGUUGCAAACUUCAAAAGCUUUGCCAUAUGAUUUUCAAGCUAAACUGGCAACUCUUCGACGCGAGAUAUUGUUUUGCAGCACUAAUUUCUGAACGUCUCGGUUGUGGUUCCAAUUCGAUCCGGAAAAAUGUCAAGAUAUAGAUAGGACAGGCGCAAGAGAUCAGAUAUCUAUAUCUCCGCGGAAGGAAUGUCAAGAGGCUUUCGCCUGCGGAUUUGCAGAGCCGUGAAAAGGAGCCCAGACCGAGGGAGUUGCAGCGAGCAGUGAAAAAAAGAAGUGCGAGCGAGAGCCAGAGGCGGAGGCAGCGAAGACAAAGUGCAUUUUCAGGGCGUGUUUUGUGGCCCCCCGCUCGAGCACGGCCCCUCCCCUGCCCCCUCACAGCCUCCCACUCGUCGAGCGGUGGCGACAAAUAAAAGUUUGCUCCAAACAUGCUGCAAAUUCGCAAAUAGCAACGAUAUAAAGUCAAGCGGAGAAGUAACAAAUAAAAUCGCAAACUUCCUUUUCUCCGUGAGUGUGUGUGAGCUGCGUGUAGUGAGUGAGUGUCUCCAAUCUUUUUGUCUACUCCAAACCGCAGAAAGAGAGAGAAAAAUGAGUGUAGUGGCAGUGUGUGUGUACAAGUGAAGUAAAUUAAAGCAAAGCAAAAGGCAAAACGGCAAAUAAUUGAGCGAAAAAGCAACGGAAAGAGCGGAAAAAUCAAAUAGUAGUAGUAAGCGAAUUAACGGCAAAGGAGCCGCCAAUCAGAGAGGAAGAGAAAAGUGUACAAGUUGUUGUUGCUGCUGCGCAGGAGCGAAAGACAGCGAAAAAACCACCCACAACCCCCUUUAAGGCCACCACCCGCCCACAAAUGGGUGCUCAGCAGAGCAAGGACAGGGGCUCCCACUCGGGUGGGGGUGGGGGCGGAGGAGUCGCCCCCGUCAGCUGCAUCGGCCUCUCGAGCAGCAGCAGCCCCGUGGCAUCCUCCUCGCCGCACUGCAUCAGCCUCUCGGGCUCCGGCAGCGGCAGCCGCCCCCUUGGCGGCGGCUCAACGCUUCGCGGUUCCCGCAUCAAGUCGUCAUCCGGCGGACACAGCAGCAACAGCGGCGGGGGCGGUGGAGGCAGCAGCAGUGGUGGAGCAGCGGGCGGUUCCGGAGGAUUGAGCCAACGCAGCGGUGGACACAAGGACCCGAGAUGCAAUCCCUCCGUUGGACUCAACAUUUUCACCGAACACAACGGUACCAAGCACAGCUCUUUUCGCAGCCAUCCAGGCAAAUAUCACAUGAACUUAGAAGCCCUGCUGCAGUCGCGUCCAUUACCUCACAUUCCGGCCGGUAGCACGGCGGCCUCUCUCCUGGCAGAUGCGGCAGAGCUACAGCAGGAUUCCGGCGGGGUUGGACUGCAGUGCUCCUCGCUGGGCGGUGGCCAUAGCUCAACCACAUCGGUGUUCGAGUCCACGCAUAGGUGGACCUCCAAGGAGAAUCUGCUGGCGCCCGGACCGGAGGAGGAUGACCCUCAGCUAUUUGUCGCCUUGUACGACUUCCAGGCCGGUGGUGAGAACCAGCUGAGCCUGAAGAAGGGUGAACAGGUGCGAAUACUCAGCUACAACAAGUCAGGGGAGUGGUGCGAGGCGCACUCUGACUCGGGCAAUGUUGGUUGGGUGCCCUCCAACUAUGUGACGCCGCUCAACUCGCUGGAGAAGCACUCGUGGUACCAUGGUCCCAUCUCCCGCAAUGCUGCCGAAUAUCUGCUGAGCUCCGGGAUCAAUGGUAGCUUCCUGGUGCGUGAGAGCGAGAGUUCGCCGGGCCAGAGGAGCAUAAGCCUUCGCUAUGAGGGUCGCGUCUAUCACUAUCGCAUCUCGGAGGAUCCCGAUGGCAAGGUGUUUGUUACCCAAGAGGCCAAAUUCAACACGCUGGCAGAGCUGGUGCAUCAUCACAGUGUGCCACAUGAGGGCCAUGGCCUGAUCACACCGCUUCUGUAUCCGGCGCCCAAGCAGAAUAAGCCCACCGUCUUCCCGCUAAGUCCCGAGCCUGAUGAGUGGGAGAUCUGCCGAACGGACAUCAUGAUGAAGCACAAGCUGGGUGGGGGACAGUACGGCGAGGUGUACGAGGCGGUGUGGAAGCGUUACGGCAAUACAGUGGCUGUCAAGACGCUCAAGGAGGAUACCAUGGCGCUGAAGGACUUCCUUGAGGAAGCGGCCAUCAUGAAGGAGAUGAAGCAUCCCAAUCUGGUGCAAUUAAUUGGUGUUUGCACCCGUGAACCGCCAUUCUACAUCAUCACCGAGUUCAUGUCGCACGGCAAUCUACUGGACUUCUUGCGCUCCGCCGGCCGCGAGACCCUCGAUGCGGUGGCGCUGCUCUACAUGGCCACACAGAUAGCGUCGGGUAUGAGCUAUCUGGAGUCACGCAACUAUAUCCACCGUGACUUGGCCGCCCGCAACUGUUUGGUGGGCGACAACAAGCUCGUGAAGGUGGCAGACUUUGGACUGGCACGCCUGAUGCGAGAUGAUACGUAUACGGCGCACGCCGGGGCCAAGUUCCCUAUCAAGUGGACAGCGCCGGAGGGAUUGGCGUACAACAAGUUCAGCACCAAGUCGGACGUGUGGGCGUUCGGGGUGCUGCUGUGGGAGAUCGCCACGUAUGGAAUGUCACCGUAUCCGGGCAUCGACCUGACCGAUGUGUAUCACAAGCUGGAGAAGGGCUAUCGCAUGGAGCGGCCGCCCGGUUGUCCGCCGGAGGUGUACGAUCUGAUGCGCCAAUGCUGGCAGUGGGAUGCCGCCGACAGGCCCACAUUCAAGAGCAUACACCAUGCGCUGGAGCACAUGUUUCAGGAAUCGUCCAUCACCGAAGCGGUGGAGAAGCAGCUGAACGCCAACGCCACCACCACAGCCAGCGUGAGCAGCAGCUCUGCUCCGAGCACGUCGGGUAUAGUCACUGGCGGAGGAGCCACCACCACAACGACGGCGGCCAGCGGCGGUGCCUCCACAUCCUCCGCCACCGCAUCGCUCAGUCUCACCCCGCAGAUGGUGAAGAAGGGUCUGCCCGGCGGCCAGUCCCUCACGCCGAAUGCCCACCACAACGAUCCGCACCAGCAGCAGGCCAGCACCCCCAUGUCAGAAACCGGCUCCAGUUCCACCAAGCUGACCACCUUCUCCAGCCAGGGCAAAGGCAAUGUCCAGAUGCGUCGGACCACCAACAAGCAGGGCAAGCAGGCGCCCGCUCCACCCAAGCGAACGAGCCUGCUCUCAAGCAGUCGAGACUCGACAUAUCGCGAGGAGGACCCAGCCAGCGCUCGUUGCAACUUCAUCGACGACCUCAGCACAAAUGGUAUACACAAAUUGAAAACUAGUAAUUAUUUCAGCCAGACCCUCUCUAGAAAUUUCAAGACCCAAAUUCCAAAACACCAACACAACAAUACACAACAGCAAAUACGAACACAACAACAACCAUUACUCCAACAACAACAACAACAACAGUCCGUACAGCAACAGCCAUCCGUAGCACAGCAACAACAUCUACAACAUCAACAACAACAACAACAACAGAAACAACAGUAUUCCAUUAAGAAAUCGUCCUCGUGCAGUAGUUUCCUUUACGACAUCCUAUUUCGAGGCUUGGCCCGGGACAUCAACAGUUUGACGCAGCGGUACGACUCGGAAACAGAUCCCACCGCCGAUCCCGAUACUGAUGCCACGGGCGACAGCCUGGAACAGAGCCUGAGCCAAGUGGCCGUUCCCUCGCCGGCUAGCAAUAAGAUGCAGCACUCGCUUCACGGAGGUGGAGGCAUUGGACCUCGAUCGUCGCAGCAGCACAGCUCCUUCAAGCGUCCAACUCCGGCCCCAGUGAUGGGCAAUCGGGGUCUGGAGACCCGCCAGAGCAAGCGCUCCCAGCAGGGACUACCAACGCCACCUUCACCGGCACCAGCUCAUCCACAUCCCCAUGCGGGUAGCAAUAAUGGCAGUGCUCAUCCCAUCACCGUGGGCUCUCUGGAUGUGAUAAAUGUAAAGAGGGUGGUGAAUCGCUAUGGAACCCUGCCCAAGGUGCAAAGGAUCGGAGCUUAUCUGGAUAGUUUGGAGGAUAGUAGUGAGCCUGUAGCACCCGCUGCCCCGGCAGUCGCUCCGGCCACUCCUACGCCGGCUAACGGACAUGCCACGCCACCGUCAUCAAGGAUCAAUCCGAAGGUCAGCCCGAUUCCGCCGCAACAGAUGAUCCGGAGCAACUCCUCGGGCGGUGUGACAAUGCAGAACAAUGCAGCGGCCAGCCUAAACAAGCUUCAGCGCCAUCGCACCACCACCGAGGGUACCAUGAUGACGUUCUCCUCUUUCCGGGCCGGUGGCUCAAGUAGUUCCCCCAAACGUAGUGGUUCCGGAGCCGCCGGAGGUGCUGGCGGCGUUCAGCCAGCAUUGGCCAAUCUUGAGUUUCCACCACCGCCGUUGGACUUGCCACCGCCACCCGAGGAGUUCGAGGGCGGGGUGCCUCCACCGCCACCGCCGGCGGCCGAGAGUGCUGUGCAGGCUAUCCAGCAGCAUCUGCAUGCCCAGCUUCAUCCGAACAAUGGGAAUAUUAAUGGGAAUAGCAACGGCAAUGCCAAUGGAAACAAUAACAACGACAGCAGCCACAACGAUGUGAGCAACACGGCGCCGAGCGUGGAGGAGGCCAGCUCCCGGUUUGGGGUGUCGCUGAGGAAGCGAGAACCGUCCACCGACUCGUGCAGUUCGCUGGGCAGUCCGCCCGAAGAUCUCAAAGAAAAGCUCAUUACCGAAAUCAAGGCAGCCGGCAAGGAGAGUGCUUCUCCUCUAGCAAAUGGCUCCGGCUCCGGACCGGGUAUCACAGCGGUGGAUCCCGUCUCCCUGCUGGUCACCGAGCUGGCCGAGAGCAUGAAUCUGCCCAAGCAGCAGCAGCAGAAGCUGACCAACGGCAAUGGCCAAUCUGGCGGCUUCAAGCCGCAGCUGAAGAAGGUGGAAACCAAGAAGAUGAGUCCGCCAACGGCCAAGGCGGAGCCAGCCAGCAAUAUCAUCGACUUCAAGGCCCAUCUGCGUCGCGUGGACAAGGAGAAGGAGCAGCCUGCGCCAGCAUCAGCACAACCCCAACAAGCUCCAAUUGUGGCCAACAAUGCCAACAACUGCAACACCUCCACGGGUACGCUUAAUCGGAAGGAUGACAAUAACAAGAAGUACGCCCAGGCCAUGCAAAAGACUGAAAUCAAAAUCGACGUGACCAAUUCGAAUGUGACGGAGGCGGAGACGGCAACAUCGGCUGGCGAGGGUGAUCUCGGCAAGCGACGAAGCACAGGUAGUAUUAAUAGCUUAAAGAAACUGUGGGAGCAGCAGCCGCCGGCGCCGGACUAUGCCAGCAGCUCGAUACUUCAGCAGCAACAGCAGCAGUCGUCGGUGGUAAAUGGCGCUCAGCUCUCGCCCAAAUAUGGGAUGAUGAAGACCACUUCUGGCGCUGCUGUCACAUUGCCAGCCAAACCAGGCAACAGGCCACCGCCGGCUGCCCCUCCACCACCGCCCCCGAACUGCACCACCUCCUCCAUUGCAACCAUUACCACCACUACCACCAGUAGCACCUCCAGUAGAGACUGCGCCAGCAGCAAGCACCAGGCCGGCGGCAGCACAACAAUAAAAACCUCUUAUUCAACGCAACUCUUCACAGAUGACGAGGAGCAGUCGCACCACGAGGGAUCAGGCUCCGGCGUUGGAGCCCCAGACAUGACCCAGUCGCUGUAUGAGCACAAGCCCCAGAUCCAGCAGAAGCCGGCGGUGCCGCACAAGCCCACCAAGCUGACAAUUUACGCCACGCCCAUUGGCAAGCUUGCCGAGCCAGCCGGCUCCGGAUCGACGUCCGCCAGCUCCACGCAGAUCUCACGGGAGAGCAUCUUGGAACUGGUGGGGCUGCUGGAGGGGUCGCUCAAGCAUCCGGUGAACGCCAUCGCGGGUUCCCAGUGGUUGCAGCUAAGCGACAAACUCAACAUCUUGCAGAACUCGUGCGUUAUCUUUGCGGAGAAUGGAGCGAUGGCGCCGCACUCGAAGUUCCAGUUUCGGGAGCUAGUCACGCGCGUGGAGUCACAGUCGCAGCAUCUGCGCUCCGCUGGCAGCAAGAAUGUCCAGGACAACGAACGCCUAGUGGCCGAGGUGGGCCAGUCUCUGCGCCAGAUCUCCAAUGCUCUCAACAGGUAAAUGAUAAGACGGGGGAUGGACGCGCCCGACCAACAACAUCCGGGCAACAUCUGGCUGGAUGCCGAGGGCAACUUCAUCAAGCGCAAGUGAUGGGCCCCGGGAGUGUGUAGACCCAACAA